GUCUGUGUAAAACAAAAUAGGUUUAUAUCAAAAAGAGGGGUAUCUUUUCCUUUUAAUACCAGCCACAUAUUAAAUAUCUAAAGUGGCUAAUUAAAAAGCAAUUCUGAUGCCUUAUGCAGGCUACAAUACAUAGUCUGCAUAAUGAGGGAGACAUAGGAUGUAUCUAAGAUAUCUGCUAGGAGAUAGUCAUGCCCAUAGGUAUAAGUAUAGGGCUAGUAGACCCUGCUUUUUGACCCUCCUGUGUCACUAUACAUAAGGUGAACAUUUCUACACUUACCGCGUAUUUUAUCGCUUUAAUUAAAACCCCAAUUUGUCUUCAGAACUUCCAAGAGUACUUUAUAUAAUUCACAUAUUUCUUUAUAAACCCAUACUUCCGUUGUCAUUCAAAGCCGUUCGGGGUUUACAUUGGUUAAAACCAUAUGCAACUCACCAUUUGACGGUCAGGGUUAGUGUUGCCUCAAACUUUAUUGUGUGUCAGCACUUCCUGCGUAUCAGCGUGGAUGUAACUUUAUUGUUCCGGUAACAGGAUUAGGGGGAAAUCCAAAAUGGCGACUGUCAAGACAGCUAAAAAGAAGGUAAAGAGGUACUAUGAAGAACAAGGUGAAGAUCAGACCCCAGGAGACAAUGUGGAUGGAACAGAUACCCAGACAGAAUCUCCUAAAAAUGUUCCACAUCUUCCAACAGAACAAAGAAUAGGUCAAAAUAGAGAAAAAAGAGACCCAACGAAGCCAAAGAGUAAAUUUAUCUCAGGGGCUAAAGAUCCCUUUCCUGGUUCAGUUUCUGUACCUGCAAAUCAUCUUUUAAAGUAUGAGCGAGCAAGAAAAUCAAAAGUGGGCACGAAAUAUUCCCCAUAUAUUCAGCACCGCUUAAAUAACCAAGAGAAUGAUGUGCAGACAGCGCUGGGGCAAGCAGCCAGGCAUGAUGUACUUCUGCCCGAGGAGGAAGGAUUUCUAGAGGGGGAUGAGAACCAGGACACAUGUACUAUAACUCAAGAAGACAUUGCUGAGGUAGUUGACAUCACCAGUGGAUCAAAGCAUUUCAACCUGAACCUCAAUCAAUUUGGCCCAUACAGAAUUAACUACACUCGCAAUGGAAGACAACUUCUGCUCGCAGGACAGCGUGGUCAUGUUGCAUCCCUGGAAUGGCAGUCAAAGAAGCUCACCUGUGAAAUGAAUGUGAUGGAAGCCAUUAAUGAUGUGAAUUGGUUGCACACACAUACCAUGUAUGCAGUGGCUCAGCGGCGUUGGCUUUAUAUUUACGACUCGCAGGGUGUUGAGCUUCACUGUAUAAAAAAGUUUAAUGAUGUUUUGCGUAUGGAAUUUCUGCCUUAUCACUUCCUACUAGCAACAUGUAGUUCCACUGGAUUCCUCCAAUACUUGGAUGUCUCUGUUGGUAAAGAAAUAGCAGCCACAUGUGUUAAGUCUGGAAGACUAAAUGUAAUGUGCCAAAAUCCCAGCAAUGCAAUUAUACACCUGGGACAUCACAAUGGGACAGUGUCACUCUGGAGUCCAUCCAUGAAAGAGCCACUUGUGAAAAUGCUGUGCCACCGUGGAGCAGUGAGAGCCCUGAGUGUUGAUAAAACAGGAAUGUACAUGGCCUCUUCUGGUCUGGACAGGAAGCUGACCAUUUUUGACCUGCGUACUUACCGUCCACUCACUUCCUGUCUUCUCCCACUUGGUGCAGGAUCCCUGUGUCAUAGCCAGAAGGGGCUGUUAGCAGCAGGAACCGGAGACAUUGUGCAGGUUUAUAAGGACAUUCACCUCAUUCGUCCUUGCUCCCCUUAUAUGUGUCUAAAAGUCAAAGCCCCUAUUCAUGGGCUUCAGUUCUGCCCCUUUGAAGAUGUUUUGGGCAUUGGGCAUGGAGGAGGCUUUACAAGUAUGAUUGUACCAGGUGCCGGAGAAGCAAAUUUUGAUGCUAUGGAAUGUAAUCCUUAUGAGACCAAAAAGCAAAGACAAGAAUGGGAAGUCAAAGCUCUACUGGAAAAGAUCCAACCAGAACUCAUCACUUUGGAUCCAACUCAGCUAGGAGAGGUUGAUGCCAUCACCAUGGAACAGAAGCACAAAGAGAAAGUGGAGAGAUUGGGAUUUGACCCUCUUGAAAAAACCCCCUUUGUCCCCCGCCACAAGUUAAAGGGUCGGAGUUCUUCAGGGAAUUUGCUCAAACGCAAAAAGAAGGUUGCACAUGAAGAACAAAGGGAACAUAUUAAAAAAAGUAUUGAAGUUAGAAAAAAACAACAGAAAGAGAAGAGCAGUGAAGGGAUAAUAUCCCGAGCUGAACAGUCGGCCUUAGACAGAUUCAAAAAGUGAGCGGCAGCACGUCGGGCUUGGCAGAGACUUUCAUCUGCAGCACAGUGAAAAUUCCAUCUUUACCAGCAAAAAAAAAAAAAAAAUAUAUAUAUAUAUAU